GCGCCGCCCAUUGAGCAGGGCCAAACGAGGGCUUCCCCGAUUGGGUGAUUCCUAUCCGGGGUCCGAUUGGCCGGGCUGUCACCAUUUCUCGCGUACCUAUUGGCCACAGGGAGCAGCUGGGGCCCACCUUCGCCUUGGGACGCGAGCAGACGGAAGAGGUCUCUCCCUUUGGCCCCGCCCAGUAGCCCCGCCCAUCCGAUCGCCCGUUGUUAUGACGACACGGCCGUAAAGCCGCCAUCUUGGCGGUUGCGGCGCCUUGCGACAUGGAGGCCGCGACGGCAGCGAGUGUUGGGCCGGCGGCGCUUACGGCACCAGAGGGGGAUGAUGGGCCCAGGCGCCAGGACAGCAACGCCGCCGCCUUCCUCAGCCUCCGGGCCUCUUUGGGAGAAGAAGACGAAGAUGACCGGCACAAGUGCGGCCGCUGUGGGUCCGAAUUCACAUCUUUGGAAGAAUUUGUGCAGCACAAGCUGCAAAAGCUUUGCCAAAGGCAACAAAAUGCCGCAGACACAGCAGUAACAACAACCUCGGUGAUUUCCUCUGUCGAAGAGCCCAUAACCAUCGCUCACAUUGUAGUGGAAGCUUCUCCCAUCACAGAAGAAAUCAGCAAUGCAUCUUCCAUUGUAGAGGGCGGGGUCAUCAAGGAAGUCAUUGUCGCCGACAGCCAAGUCUUCGAAAGCCCUAACGGACACAUUGAUGGCAGUGGCCUCGCAGAGGAACAGUGCAGCCCCAAGGGCCCCGAGGAGGAGGAAGAAGACAGACCAGGCUCUGUGGACCUUGUCAAGGUCAAGCUCUUGGUCAACAAGGAAGGCCGUUAUGUGUGUGAGCUCUGCCAUAAGACCUUUAAGACGGCCAGCAUCCUCAAGGCCCACAUGAUCACACACAGCAGCAGAAAGGACUAUGAGUGCAAGUUGUGCGGGACCUCCUUCCGGACCAAAGGCUCACUGAUCCGGCACCAUCGCCGCCAUACAGAUGAGCGCCCUUACAAGUGCAAGAAGUGUGGGAAGAGCUUCCGGGAGUCAGGAGCCUUGACGCGGCACCAGAAGUCCCUUACUCCAUGUACUGAGAAAAUCCGCUUCAGUCUCAACAAGGAAAUCCUCAUCAGCAAAGAAGACUUGGCCGCAGAGCCCAUGAGCCCCACCACCGAAGCUGUCCCCUCGCUCCCCACUCCCCCUGCAGAGCCUUCGCCUGUCAUCCACCUGGUGACGGACGCCAAGGGCAAUGUCCUCCACGAAGUCCAUGUCCGGAUGCAGGAGCUCCCGAAAGCCUUGGGCCAAGAGACUUCGAACUCCGAGGAGCUGCCCCUCGACACCGAAGAGAACGAGAACUUGCUGAGGGAGGCCAUGAGGAAUUCUGGGAUCGUGAUUGAACGGGUUUCCGUGGAGGAGAGGGCCAACUCAGAUGCUGUUGAUGCUACAUCUGCUGCAGAGGAACCAAAGGGCAAGGAAGCCUCAGGAAAGCUCUGCGGGGAGCAGUUUGUGGAGAUUGAGGAGGCCAAAACACCAGAAGCAGAUGUGACAGAGGAAGGCAAGGGCCAUGCAUGCCCCUACUGCAGUGAAACCUUCAGGGAACGCAGCUCCCUGGAUCUCCACAUCAGCGGGCAUCUAGAUUACAAGCCUUUCAGCUGCGAGGAGUGUGGCAAAGAGUUCACCAAGGGCUACCUGCUGAAGAAGCACCAGGAGGUGCACGUGAAUCAGCGGCGCUUCCGCUGUGGGGAGUGUGGCAAGCUCUACAAGACUAUCGCCCAUGUCAAGGGCCACCGACGGGUGCAUUCGGACGAGCGGCCCUACCCCUGCGCCAAGUGUGGAAAGCGGUUCAAGACUAAGAAUGCCCAGCAGGUCCACUUCCGGACCCACCUAGAGGAGAAGCCCUACGUCUGCCAGUUCUGCAGCCAGGGCUUCCGGGAGAAGGGCUCCCUGGUGCGCCACAUCCGCCACCACACCGGAGAGAAGCCCUUCAAGUGCUAUCGCUGUGGACGUGGCUUUGCGGAGCACGGCACCCUCAACCGGCAUCUCCGAACCAUAGGGGGUUGCCUGCUUGCCUUGAAGGAAGCCGAGGAGGCCGUGGUCUCAGAGGAGGGCCAGUCCACAGAGCGUUUGGCUGCUACCGUCAUUUCGGAAGACCCUCCCACCGUCUUGGUAGAGUUCUCUUCGGUAGUGGCUGACACCCAAGAGUACAUCAUUGAGACGGCCACCGAGGACAUGGAGACCAGCGAAGCAACUGAAAUCAUAGAAGGAACGAGGCACGAGACCCUGGGCCUGGUGAUAAAUCGAGAAAAAUCGCAACUGACUCCGACACAGCGCAUCCACUUCAUAGGAGCCAUCAUAGACUACAUUACUCAAAAAGCCUUCCUCCCAGAGGUCCGCUUCACCAACCUACGAACGGCCAUCUCAAAACUCCAACAUUCUCGCUCUGCGUCUGCCUGGGCCAUCCAAUCCAUCCUUGGCCACAUGUCUUCGACCACAAAUGUCACCCCAUUUGCACGCCUCCGAAUGAGGCCUCUCCAGAAUUGGUUUAUCAGAACGUUCAACCCCCUCACCGACCCUCAAUCCCGGGUCCUCUACCCACCCAACUUCGUCCUCCAAUCCCUGUCAUGGUGGACAAGGGAACACAAUGUCUGUCAAGGAAUGCCCUUCAACCAACCUCGCCCCUCUAUGUCCCUCACGACCGAUGCCUCCAACUCCGGCUGGGGAGCGCAUCUCAAAGGUUUCAAGGUCAGCGGACACUGGUCCCCCCUGGAACGCAAACUUCACAUCAAUGCAUUAGAACUGAUAGCGGUAGAGAAAGCCCUCCGGUCCUUCUCCCGCAUCAUAGCCAAUCGCACAAUCCAAAUUGUCACAGACAACACAGCUGUGAAGUACUACCUCAACAAACAGGAGGGACACGCUCACAAACCUUACUCCCCAUCUCCAUACGUAUCUGGGAAUGGUGCAUCCAAAACAAUGUACUCCUCAUGGCCAUCCACCUACCAGGCCAGGACAACACACUAGCUGACUCCCUCAGCAGAACAUUGAAAAACAACCACGAGUGGCAACUCCAUCCCAGGGAGUUCGAAACCAUCACUCGAAGGUGGGGCAAACCCAAGAUAGACAUGUUUGCAUCACCAACAAACACCCACUGCCCCAUGUUCUGCGCAAGACUUCACGCUCAUGCAUCCUCAGGCUGUCUCGGGAGAUGCCUUCCUGUUCCAGUGGUCCCCAGGCCUCCUCUACCUCUUUCCCCCCCUUCCCCUCCUCUCUCCAGUAAUAGCAAAAAUUAUCCAAGACAACUCAGAUUGCCUCCACAUUGCCCCAUGGUGGCCCCGACAACACUGGUUCGCCACCCUCCUCCACCUCUCCCAGGGAGACUUUCUCCAUCUCAACCCCACGCCAGAUCUCCUCACGGUAGAGAACGGGCUCGUUCUCCACCCAGACCUCCAGUCCCUGCACCUCACGGCCUGGAGGAUCAAGCCUCACUAGAUAUUUCCGCAGAGGCCUCCCGUAUUAUCCUAGCGGCCCAUAAACCAGCUACCUAAAAAUCAUAUGCUUACAAAUGGGCCUUGUUUAAGUCCUUUACUCAAUCAGCUGGGCAUGACCCCAGCCAUGCGCCUAUUCCUAUUGUACUUGACUUCUUGGUGCAUCUUUCAAACAAAGGUUUUCCCCUCUCCUCUGUUAAAUGUUAUUUAGCGGCCCUUUCCUCCUGAAAGUAGUCUCCCGUUUUAAUAUGUCCCAGGACAUUGUUUUACCUUCCUUUUUCCCAAACCCCUCCUCUCCACUUGAAUUGGCACUCCACUCUUUAGAUGUUAAAAGAGCCUUGUCCUUCUACAUACAUAGGAUGGCUGAAUACAGGAAAUCUCCUCGGCUCUUUUUAAAAUAUAGAGAAGACACGUUAGGCCUCCCUGUGUCCUCUUAGGGACUCGCCUCAUGGAUUGUCUCUGCAAUAUGCCUAGCAUACCAACUAGCGGGCAAGCAACCUCCUUCUCACUUGUGGGCUCACUCGACUCACUCGGUGUCCACCUCACGGGCUUUUCUCCGAGGAGUUCCUCUUGACCAGAUUUGCAAAGCAGCUACGUGGGCCAACCCUUUCACGUUUGCAUCCCACUACAAAUUGAACAUUUUGGCAAAGAAAGACGCCGCUUUCGGCAGAGCUGUACUUUUCUCUUGUGUGGCAUGACCCGCCUCCAAGGUUAGUUAACUUGCUAUUCACCCAUAGGUGCGCAUUUCACAGAUGACACGACGAAUAAAUAUAGGUUGCUUACCUGUGACCGUAUUUCUUCGAGUGUCAAUCUGUGAAAUUCGCACAACCCGCCCAUCCUCCCCGCUUGUCAUGCUUCUACCUGGCCAUCAUCUUGCCGCUAGGGAACUGACCUGAGGCCACGCCUGCUGGCUUAUAUACUGAGCGGGGGUAGGGGGGGUGAUGGGCGGGGCUUGCCUUCAUCUUAAAAAUAUCAUUUAAAACUAUAAUAUAAUCCGAAAUGCUGUGCAUGCGCGGGGUAAAACCCAUAGGUGCGAAUUUCACAGAUUGACACUCGAAGAAAUACGGUUACAGGUAAGCAACCUAUAUUUAUAAUGUUGGAAGAGAUCACAAGCGCCAUCCUUGGUACCCAUUCUAGAUCCAGCAAUCCCUUGAUGUCCUUCCUUCCUACCUCUUUCUC